AUGUAUCCAGGAGGUAGACCCUUUGGACGUACCCGAGGAGCCUGUGGCGUAAAAAUCCCAAUGAAAGCUCUGCCUCCCACAGAUUUAAGUGUGCCUUACUCUGUGACUAAAUCCAGCGAAGAUGAUUCUGGCAAACGGAGAAACGGAUUCAAGCCGGGUUUUUCACCCAGGUCCAAAGUCCCACAUACAGUGUUGAUUGAAAAAUACAGACAAGGUGAGGAGAAUGCCAUUUCCUUGCUCUAUCAACUGGCCCAGGUUUUUCAGUUCCACCUGGAUUUGAAGGAAACAGUGACCACAGGCAACACAGCAUGUUUUCUUUUUGCCUUCUGUGUGGUGAUUGAUGGAUUCCAGUAUGAAACUGGCAUGGGAGUAACCAAGAAGCACGCCAAGCUCAAUGCAGCAAAGCUGGCUUUAGAAGUUGUGCUACCCACCUUGGAACAGGAUGAAUGUGUUCCUCCAGGGACAACAGAUAUUCCUCCGCCCCUAUCAGUGAAAGAGGACUCCUCCAUCCUUGAGGUCCAGGCUUCAAGAGCUAGUCAUGAAAGGAAGAAUUCCGUCAACCUGCAGAUUCCACAUGCUGUCAGAGAUCAGCUCACUAAGCUGUUGAACAGCCACCCUGAGUUUUAUAACUGUGCAGAAACCACGGCAGCAUUCAUCAUUCAGACUUCCAGUGGAUGUGAAGUAGUUGCUCUGGGCACGGGGAACUUCAACACUAAAGAGAAUGCAUCAUCGAGUGGACGAAUCUUACAUGAUUCACAUGCGGUGGUGACUGCAAGGAGGUCACUUAUGAGGUUUCUGUACCGACACCUGCUCAUGUUCUUCAGCAAAGCAUCCAAUUUGGCUGAGAAAUCGGUCUUCCAGCAGAACAGCAGUAGUGGCCUUGUCUGCCUGAAAAGUGGUAUCACCCUCCACCUCUUUGUGAACCAGCUCCCAAAGGGUGCUGCCCAGUCCAAGAUGUGUUUGAGCCCUCUCUCCAUUUCUGCGUGGCGUACCAACAGCGACCUCAGCUUACACGUAACACUGGAGGGCCAGAUUUACUCAGUUUUCUCGUCAGCCUUUGAGCGCUCUGUUUCCAAGGUUGUUAGUGUGUCUGUCACAGACAAAAUCACCCAAUGGCAGGUUCUGGGCUACCAGGGCGCUCUGCUCAGUCACUUCAUUGAGCCUAUCUACGUCCAGAGCAUCCUUAUAGGUGAUUGCAACUACAGUGAUAUCCGGGGAAUGGAGAUGUCUGUGAGCCAGCGGGUUGAAGGGAUCACCGCUCAGCUGCCCAUGUACUACUGUAUGGAGAGGCCCCAGAUCAGCCUGGUGCCCUCUGUGGCGACCAGUGGCACUGACAAGAGCCAGCUGACAUAUGCCAUGAACUGGAGUGAAGGAGACAGCUCCCUGGAGGUCGUAGACGGCCUUGAGGGCAAAACCAUAGAGGAAUCUCCGUUUAAGAGCGGUUCUGCUCUGGCAAGCCGCUUGUGCAAAGCAGCAAUGCUGCACCGCUUCAUGCUGGUGGCCAAAGAGGCUCAGAGGCAGGAUCUGUUGUCCACAAGGUCCUACAGAGAAGCUAAGAAAAUGGCAAAGCCAUACCAAGAGGCCAAGAACAUCCUGAGGGCUUACCUGCUGCAGCAGGGCUUUGGCUCCUGGCCUGUCAAACUUUCAGUUAGUGAUAACUUUCGCAUGUGAAAAACUCAAGGUUACAACAUGGAAGCAGCUGUGUUCAUCAUUUCAAAACUAAGUUACUUAUAUUCCUAUUAAGUACAUGUUAUCAGGAAAUUAAGAAAUACAAUUUGUUUUGUAGUUUCUAAAAGGAUAAGGUCAAUCCACUGUUUGUGUUUGUGACUCGUGGAAUUUUUAGGACCUCCAGCAACACAGAGUACAUACAGAGGUAAUACCAAGCUAAAUUUGUAUGAAAACCCACAGCAGGCCUUUACCUCGGUAAUGGGUAAUAGUUCUGGUAAUAAUUUCUUCAUUUGAUAUACUAUACCUUUUGCAUGGGGCGAGGAAAAUAAAUAAAUGCUUCAAUUGGAUUUUUACUAGUUAUUGUAUUGUGUGUACUUGAAAUAACCAUUUCUCAUCACUUGGGCAUUUUAAGUUAAGGCCAGACAACAUGAUGUCAGCCCAGUUCAAGUUCAUUCUGUCUCAUGAUGGACAUGUCAAAGUAACCUCAUGAUGACCUGAAGGAAAGUUAAAUAUUUUCAUUUCCCAUGAUGAGUUCAGACAUUCCUCUGACUUUAACCAAUAGGAGAACAGAGCACUCGGCAGUGUACAGCUGUAAACAGACAAGAGAUCAGUUUUAUUUAAUUUUAUUUUUUUACCUCCUAGCUUCCCUACUCAGAUAAACACUAUCACACAGUACAACAGCCUCAGUGUUAGUUAUGUUAACAUGGAGGCUGUAUCUGAACCAAACGGCACGUUAAAGUGGUUUACAAGCACAGUUUACCUGAAAACCACUACUCCAUGGUAGUUGGUAGCACGUCAUUAUGUCAUGCAUGCCAUGAAAGAUGACAACAUUCAUUGGUGAAGGAUGGCAGGGCAUGAAUUUGUCACCUAAUCUUCGUAUUCUCCUG